AGUUGGACACGUGGAAAGCCACAAUUAUUGAAGCGUCAUUUGGCUCGUGAAUGUCUAAAUGUUCCACAGAACAUCAAAGAAAUUUGGCGAAAUAAUUUAGCAGCAGAAGAAAAGUCUAUAAAAAGACAACAUAAAAUAAAAGAUCAAACAGAAACAUCUUUAUCAGAUGAAAUAAUCUCAAAAGAUAGGCAAUGA